AUGCCUGUAGCUACCGCACCCGCUUUUCCUAACAUUCUCCCUGCUGCAGGUGUUUUACAUGCUGCUACGAGGGUGCGGCCCCCUCCCGCAGCUGGAUAUGCCAUUGUAGAGGAGGUGAGCAGGCCGUCAAGCUGCCCAGGCGAUGCGGUCGGGGGCGAAGAAAGGGCAGGCGCAGAGCACGAGCACGCCUGUGCACGGCGCGCAGCGCUGACGGCCGGAGGCCUUAGUCGCAGCGACAGCUCAUGA